GCAAAGUCAAUAAUAAUCUAUACGCAAUCAUAACAUGGGGGAACAUAUCCAUAUCUUUUCCAAAUUGUAUUAUUUUAAUGGAUGUCCAUGGCUCAUUUUUUUCAUAUGAUCCCUUCGGUAACAUUAGUUGCAAUACUUGUAAUUCUGAACAUAAGCAUUUUCCAUCAAUGUCCGAAACAUCAUUAACUUUUAAAGCCACUUCAAGGUUCAUACAAGAUAUUUUCAAUUCUUCAUCAUCCAAUGAAACUAAA